UUAAUGCGAAAUCAAGUUCGGAAGCGGACGGAUAGUAUUUGCAACUUAAUUCGACUUCGAAGACAGUUGUGUGCUGCCUGCAACAUUGCUGUCAAUCUACUACAGACGCCACCACGAGGUACACCUGUUCGCCGACAAAAUCUUUGGGCAAUGACAAGAAAUACAGAAGUGGAUUUCGUCAUCGGUUCGCUGUCAGGACAAGUUGUGUGGUGUCUGCAACAUUGCUGUCAACCUACUACAGACGCUACCACGAGGUUCACCUGUUCACCAACAAAAUCUUUGGGCAAUGACAAGAAAUACAGAAGUGGAUUUCGUCAUCGGUUCGCUGUCAGGACAAGUUGUGUGGUGUCUGCAACAUUGCUGUCAACCGUACUACAGACGCUACCACGAGGUUCACCUGUUCACCAACAAAAUCUUUGGGCAAUGACAAGAAAUACAGAAGUGGAUUUCGUCAUCGGUUCGCUGUCAGGACAAGUUAUGUGGUGUCUGCAACAUUGCUGUCAACGUAUUACAGACGCUACCACGAGAUUCACCUGUUCACCGACAAAAUCUUUGGGCAAUGACAAGAAAUACAGAAGUGGAUUUCGUCAUCGGUUCGCUGUCAGGACAAGUUAUGUGGUGUCUGCAACAUUGCUGUCAACCUAUUACAGACGCUACCACGAGAUUCACCUGUUCACCGACAAAAUGUAUCCAGGUGGCUUAACCCCAUAAGCAGUGACUGUAAUCAACCAAGGAUACACCUCCAGCGGAG